CAGCGUUGGUACUAGUUGUUCAGUCGUAUGUGUCGAUCUUUGAGUGGAAGAAAGUGAUCGGAGAGCAAGAGACAGAAGAGAAGAUAAAAAAAGGAGCAUCUCUCAAAAUUGAUUCUUAUAAACGUAGAGCAAACACAGCAUCUAAACGGGCAUCUAUUCUCGGAAGUCAGACAAAAGGAAAUCACUACAAGAUUCGCUCAUAGAAGCGUAUAUUGCGUUAUCGCUGCCUGUGCUUCGAACUCUUCUUCAUCUCUUGAGAACGCGAAGUAAGAGAAGCAAACGUAGACUGUGUCGAAUCUUCCUCGACUUGAAUCUUGAAACAAAUCUUUUUACUUGGGACAAAUCUAACUGAAAGCAUAAUCAGACCUUAUCAAAAUGCCAAUUGAUAUCAAACGUGAAGAGUUCCGCAAGUACUUGGAGAGAUCCGGUGUCAUUGAGGGUCUCACAAAGGUUCUGGUGAUGCUUUAUGAGGAACCAGAAAAACCAACGGAUGCUUUAGAGUAUGUACGUAAGCAUCUAGGAGGUGUUAUGGAAGAUACUUCAGAGGUUGAUACCUUAAAAAAAGAAUUGGAUGAUGCUAAAGCAAAGAUUACAGAACUGAAAUCAAAAUUGGUAAAGUACGAAAUAGAGGAAGCCACGGAUGAGUAACCAAAAUGAAUGUUAAGUGACCACGGUUCAUACUAGUCCCAGAUGUACUGAUUUUUUUUUUUUAAAUCAGCCUGACAAUGUGCCUUAUUCUUAUAAUGAAAGACAUUUGAGAAAGUUAGAAUAUAAGGCAAAUUACCAAACUUUUGUGCAAACAUUCCAUUAUUCAUAUAAAUUCGUUUAUUCAAACUUUACACCUAAGAUACAUAAGCUUAGUUUUUAGUUCUCGUAGAAAAAUUUUUCUCUAAGGAAAAAUUUAUUGUAUGAAAUCUACUUAAGUCUAUUGUUUGUACAGAAUAGAU